AUGGCAUAUGCUUCUCCCUCUGUGAGAAGUGCAAAGGAGUUAGCUGCCCUACGUGCUUUACCAGCUUUGGAGCAUGAGGAAGUACACGACGAAUUUGGACAAUACGCCCUGAGAUAUGUUACAGCUGAAGGAACUAUUGUAUCAGAACGCGGCCGUCUAGUGCCGGACUCGGAAGGCAAAGGAUAUGUACUCAUCACAGAGGGAGAGAUCUCCUACAUCGGUGAUGACGGCAACUUGUACAUCACCAGGUUUUCUGCCGGUAUUGAUGGAACGCAUGUGGAGGGAGACCAUAUGCCUGUAGCACCUAAGCCUAUUGCACGUGAUGGUCGUGUAGGCUCUCGUGUGCCUAAACCUGUACCCAGUCCGGUAACAAAACGGUCGCAAAGAGUUCAUAAAUAA